GACACGGCGAUGCUGUCAUUGGCUCGCCGGCGCGAGGCAGGCCGAUGACGAUCGCGGCGGUGAUGCCGAGCCGGUAAAAAAAAAAAACCACCCCCCAGGGAGCCGCUGGGAUUGGCUGGCGCCGCCGACCGAGGUGAAGGUCGCCGGCGUUCCGUCCGCUCCGCCGGUUAAGUUCUCCCCUCGUUUCCCCCCUCCGAACGGCACGCCGCGCGCCGCCCUCCUGCCGAUCCUGGGGAAAAAGGGCAGAGCAGCGGUCACCCAUCAACCGCUAUCGCUUCCGCGCUCUCUCCCCCCCUCCGCGCCCCUCCUCCGUCGCAGCCAGACGUCUCGUCGCGCCCAGACGCACCUGCAAGUGGAUGGCGUCCUCGCCCGCCCCGGCAAAGCAGAGGGUCAAGUGGAGGGAGGACCUGCAGCAAUUUCGCCGGAGCCGCUGGAUCUCCAAAAAGGCUCUCCUCGGCUGUGUCCUGGUGCGCCGGGUUCGAGGGUGGGCGUCGCCCGCCGCCAAAGACAGCGUCGACGAUGAGCUAGAGCAGUCCAUGGUCCGCCACCGCCCCGAGGCCUUGGAGCACCUGGAGGCAGAGACCAAGUUCACGAAAAAGGAGCUACAGAUCCUCUACAGAGGCUUCAAAAAUGAAUGUCCGAGUGGGGUUGUAAACGAAGACACCUUUAAAAGUAUCUACGCACAGUUCUUCCCACAGGGAGAUGCAUCGAGGUACGCACACUUUCUCUUCAAUGCGUUUGACACUGAUCACAAUGGCUCUGUGAGUUUUGAGGACUUUGUCAUGGGACUUUCCAUUUUAUUACGGGGAACAGUGCAGGAAAAGCUCAACUGGGCAUUCAAUCUAUAUGACAUUAACAAAGAUGGAUACAUAACUAAAGAGGAAAUGCUGGACAUUAUGAGAGCCAUCUAUGACAUGAUGGGCCGAUGCACGUACCCGAUGCUGAAGGACGAAGCACCCCGGCAGCACGUCGAGCUCUUCUUCCAGAAAAUGGACAAAAAUAAGGACGGAGUGGUGACCAUAGAUGAAUUUAUUGACUGCUGCCAAAACGAUGAAAACAUAAUGAGGUCAAUGCAGCUGUUUGAGAAUGUCUUAUAACUCCGGUCUGCUCUGGAGCCCCUUGAUAACCACUUCCUCGUUCUUCGAUAUGUUCCUCACAGGACCUUCAACUCCGUACUCCAUACAAGAUAUCGACAAUGUGCCGGGGGCACAUUCGGUAGUAUUUUAUGCAAUCUCAACUGGUUUGACUGCUCCCCCUUGAAAAUGCUGUAUACAUUUAUUACAGUAAGCUCCAUUUUAGGCAUUUUGAAGAAAGAUAGAGUUAUUAUAAUAUGUAGUGUAUUUAAAUGUGAAGUCACAAGGAAAUGGUUCGUUUCAGCAUUGAAUUGUUUGCGAUUCAUCCUCCACUUAGCCUGUAAGGCCAUUCAGACAGUAUUUGUGUUUCUUUAUACAAAAAAGCAUUUUGUGUCUGUGAAGCUCUCAACAUAAUACGUACAAAGAAUUCUGUCUUAAGAAGACAUGUUUUCUGUCCCUGGUAAUUACACCUUGCAAGAUUUGAGCUAAAUCCUUCAGGCUCAAAGUGCUGUGUAUAUAUUCCCCUCCUUCUAUAAUGCAGUAACUCUGCCAGUUGUCUGCCUUCAUUUUAUUUGUCAUUGCUCUGUCAUUGAAAAUCUCCCUCUGGCUGCAUUGAUAAGCAAGUGUGUGGCCAGACUUCUUUACUGAAGGUGAUUUAGCCUGUUUCAUUUAGCUGUGAUUAAAAGGGUCACCUCCGUCGCUUAUUGUAUUUGCUGAAAUCCACAAGCAGGACAUGUUUCCAAACCCUAGAGCCGUGGCAAUCCUCCUUGAGUUUGACUGACAAAGACACUGUUUAAGACUUACGCUGUGUAAUAUAAACAUGUACAGAACAUUAUAUAAGAAACGUACGAGUGACUUGAAAGACUGAUAAUUUUUUUGCCAAUUACAAUAACAGGUCAUACAUUACAUCGUGUACCCUUCGUAAGGCCUUCACAAGACAUACAUCACGCCUUCAUGAGCAUGUCAUUCCUAUAUACUUUGUAAAGCAUUCACAUACAACUUCAGUGCUUAUGUGAGCUUAAGUAGAAUGAUAUAGCACAUUUUUGUAAAAAAAAAAAAAAAAAGAAAGAAACUAGGACAUGAACAUGAACGCGCUGUAUCACUAUGAAUGCUUUGCAAUGUAGCCAUGCCAUGCUCCGUUUAUGUUCCUUUAUGCUCACGUUAUGUUGAGUGUGAUCCAAUGUUAUACUAUAGUUCAUAUGUAUUCCCUAUUUGAUUUUCAUGCUGGAUAUUGAAGAGCGUAGUUUCCUGUAGAGGCACACAAACGCUGUAGUAUUUACCUCAAGUAUGCAACUUUGACAUGAUGUCCUACCAUGCAGCUCAAGGAGGUGUUAGCGUUUUUUUACUUGACAUACUGUAUGUGUAUAUUUCUUGUAUGUUUCAUCCAUGGUUUUAAGUGCUAGUUACUAUGUUUUGACUGCAUGGUAAGCAGAACUUGGCCCUUUUGUUUCAUUUGAAUAACUGAUCAUGAUGACAUUGUAUACGCAAAAUUAAA